CCAAUGAAAUGUUUGUUUACUUCAUCAAAAUAUUUUACUGAGCUUUAAAUGUCAUUAUUUGUGACACUAUUCACCUCAAUUCAUAAUGUUUAAGUUUUGUAAAAUGUCUAGUGUUUUAAUUUUCAUUUAAUUCUGUACGCAUUUGAUUAAUAUGCUGGAAGUUUUGGUUGACAUUAAUAUACUGGAAAUGAGUUAGACGCUCCUACAGCGACGCCCGAUUUGAUGAUCGUAUGUGGUCUAACAAUCCUUUGCCGAAAGAAGUAAUGCAUUAUAAGUUUUAUUUAUUGUACAUAUAACUGCUUUUUCGCAUAAAGUUAACAUAAAUACGCAUAAUUACUUACAUUGCCGUUUAUCAGUAAAUAAUAGUUUUUCAUUCACACAGACGAUCGUAAAAAACGUAGCCAAAUUUAUUGUGCAACUGUUAAAGAUUCGCCUUAGAUGGAGUUUCGAGAGAACUCAUUCUUGAAUUGAAGUUUUAAAAAAAAGAAAAAAACAAGAUUAAUGGAAGGUUUUGAAGUAGUUGAGAAAAUGAAGAUGGUUGAAAAUAUUAGGAAGAGAAAGCAAAUCAGUGUAAAAGAAAAAUUAGAAAUUUUGAAUAUGAUUGACUGUGGGGAAAAACUGUCUGCCGUUGCCCGCCAAUUUGGCAUAUCAAGUUCUACAGCAAGCACAAUUGUAAAAGAGAGGUUCAAAAUUAAACUUUUGUCAGAGCAUUAUAACAUUGCUCCUGAAAGAAAACGGAUGAGACUUGGUCUAUUUCGUGAUGUUGAUGAGGCUGUUAAUAUCUGGUUCAGACAGCAGCGGAACAAAAAUAGCCCUGUUAAUGGCCCCAUGCUUCAGCAAAAGGCUCGUGAAUUUGCUGUUCAACUAGGACACAAAAACUUUGAGGGAAGCAGUGGGUGGCUUUCGAGGUUCCGAGAAAGAUUUGGCCUGUCGAUGAAAGUGAUGAGGGAUGAAGAUCAUUCGGACUUGAUGCCCGGUAUCGGAAUGACCGAUGACGAAAUAGUUGCCAGUGUGUAUCACAGUUCCUUGCAUCUGAAAACCAAACGUGAUAACCAGGAGCAGCCUACUCACUCAGAGACUGAAAAAAGCUCAAAACCAGUUUCCACUGAACCAAAAGUUGAUUUUAAAGAUGCAAUUUUAUGUGCUGCAAAGUUGACUUGUUUUUUUAAGAGACAAGAAAAUAUACCUACACAUAUUUUAAAAGCUUUGCAUCAUGUGAGUGAUUUCAUGUUGAAUGAUUUACAAGAAAAACUUAAGCAGCGAAAAAUAACUGAUUAUUUUAAACCUUUAUGCAGUCAAACUAUGCAAAUUUACGUUCCAGUUCAAAGCAAUCAUGGUUUUUCAGAUAAUACCAAUAUAGAACAUGAUUCUUAUACUUUAGAAUCAUAUCACCAUAAUAUUGAAAAUAACCCAACACAUAGAAAGAAUCUAGAAUUGAAAUAUGAACCAGAAGAAAUUAUUUCUACGCCUGAUAACAAUCACCUAACUGAAGAUGAUUAUUUCGAAACUUGUUCAGAACUGAAUCACUAAAAUAGCUAUAUCCUAAUUUUAUUAGAGAAAUAUGUGUUUCAUUUUUCACUUGUAUAUAGUAUGAUAAUUGGAUAUAAAUUACCUUU